UAUAUAUAUUUAUGGUUACCCACAUAUUGAGUAAUACAUCAACAUAUUUUUUACUCUCGCAUACACGUCAUCGGUGACAUCACGGCUUGUUUUCAGUGCUAUGGCGUACCAGGAAGGGGACUCGCUGGAGUCUUGGCUCAAUAAGGCCACCCACCCCACCAACAGACAAGAGGACUGGGAGUAUAUCAUAGGCUUCUGUGACCAGAUAAACAAGGAGCUUGAAGGUCCCCAGAUUGCAGUGAAAUUGCUCAUCCACAAAAUCCAUUCUCCGCAAGAAUGGGAAGCUUCGCAGGGACUGACAGUGUUGGAGGCAUGUAUGAAGAACUGCGGGAGAAGAUUUCAUAACGAAGUUGGAAAAUACAGAUUCCUUAAUGAACUGAUUAAACUUGUUUCCCCAAAGUACAUGGGCGACAACGUGUCAGAGAAGGUAAAGGCGAAGACCAUCGAGAUGCUAUACAGCUGGACUGUGGCCUUCCCGGGCGAGGCCAAGAUCAGUGAGGCGUAUGACACUCUGAGGAGACAGGGCCUGGUGACCGCUGAUCCGAAGCUCCCUUUAGACAAGACUCUGAUCCCCUCCCCGCCGACCCGUCCCAAGAACCCAGUGUUUGAAAAUGAGGAUAUGGGCAAGCUGCUUGCAGAGCUUCUUCGGAGCAAAAACCCAGAAGACCUACAGGAGGCAAACCGGUUGAUCAAGAGCAUGGUGAAAGAGGAUGAUGCCCGGGUGCAGAAGGUGACGAAGCGCGUCCACACGCUGGAGGAGGUCAGCAUAAACGUCAAGCUGCUGGCAGAGAUGCUAUCCCACUACGACCAGGAGCACUCCACCGACUCAGACAGGGAGAUCAUCAAGGAACUCUACGAGCGCUGUGACAAGCUGAGGCGGGCUACCUUCAAAAUGGCAACGGAAACGGAAGACAACGACAUGAAUUUGGGGGAAAUCCUGCAAGCUAGCGACGACCUGUCCAGAGUCAUAAACUCUUACAGGAAGAUUGUGGAGGGCCAGAGGGUCAACGGAGAGACUGAAGACAUCAGACCUACCACUGGUAACAGACCAGAAGUCUGUCUUUCUGCGCCCCAUUCAGAACCUGCAGGGGUCUGUGAGAACACCGGGACCCUGAUAGACCUGGCUGGCCUCGACGAUGAGCCCCCCGACCGUCAGCCUGCGCCGCUUCCCCCGCCCGUCGCCUACCCUGACUUGCCAUCAUCUGGUGGUCACAUGACCUUCCCCAUCCCCAUCCCCGCCCUGCCCCCGCCUCCCAAGCCCCCGGGUUGCACCCACGAUUCGCAUGGCAACAGCCCCCGCCUCACGGCCACCAGCGGCGGCGGGAAAGCCUUGGCAGUGCUCUCCCUUCUGGACGACGAGCUGCUGUCGCUAGGACUGAAUGAGCCUGUUUCCCCUCAGAGUGACCCAGCAAUGCAUGCGCUCGGUCAGGGUAUGGCCCCAUGGAGCUCUGUUCAGCCACCAGAAGUGGGCGUAGACCUGUUGGGGAGCAUCGCUCAACAAAACCCAGUCAUGGUGCCGAUGGGACCCCCCCCACACACUACCAUCCCCAAACACUCUGUAUACUGCCCACACACUACACACUUUGUACAGCCCACACAAACGACACACUCCAUACAAUCCACACACACCCCACACCCAACAAACACCCUGCAGGACCUCCAAGACAUGGCCAUGCUUGGCUUUGGAGAGAACAAGAGCCUGGCUGGCCAGAUUUUAGGCGCUAGCUUCGGGAUGCCAACCGCUGUGUCCGGGCAAGUUAGCAACUCGUCCGCUAUGGCCCAGGUCCUCCACCCCGGCUCCCCCGCCGUGUCCCAGUCCAAGGCCCAGAGCCUGGGCUCGGCCCCCGGGAGCCCGCUGUUCCACUCCAUGUCCCCCGGCCAUCCCCCCUUGUCUGCCAGCCCCUCCAGAGGGCCCGAAGUGUCCCUGGCCAGCGUCCACAUCCCACUGGAGGCCAUCAGACCCAGUAAGGUGCUGCCCUUGACAGCCUACGAUAAGGACGGCAUGCGCGUGCUGCUGAACUUUGCAGCGGACGGCCCCCCGGGGAGACCUGAUGUACUGGUAAUGGUGGUGUCCAUGUUGAACACAGCACCCGUGGCUGUCCAGAACAUGGUACUGCAGGCGGCUGUUCCUAAGUCCAUGAAGGUGAAGCUGCAGCCUCCAUCUGGAACAGAGCUGGCAGCUUUCAACCCCAUCUUCCCCCCGGCCUCCAUCACCCAGAUCAUGCUGCUAGCUAACCCAGCCAAGGAGAAGGUGCGGCUGCGCUACAAGCUGGGCUUCACUCUGGGGGAGCACCAAUGCAACGAGGCGGGAGAGAUAGACCAGUUCCCCCCCACCGAUACGUGGGGUCACCUAUAGCAUCCCCCUCUGGCCUAUUCCUGCACACUGCUGGGCCGUACCAUGUCGGGCACUACCAAGGGGGGUUUUCUGUUGUAUGUAUUACCAGGAGAAUAAGAGGAAACCAAGAGAUUCAUAAGGAGAUUUGCUGAUACACACUGCUGUUUAGCUUAUCAUUCCUUAUUAUUUAUUACUGUCAUUAUUUGAUUAACAAGAUGCUUUGCAGAGAGUGCGAUCAAGUUUUAGAUACUGUACAUUGCUGUAAAAACCAAAGGGCUAUGCUGGCCAUCUUAAUUUAAUUUAAUUUAAACAAAAAAUAUUUAGCUUUUUAACGCAACACAUUGUUUCUCUUUGGCUCAUAUUGUCAUUUGUAAUGAAUUUAUUUCACAACAGGCCAACGUGUUGCAUGCUAUGCCCCCUUGCUUGCCUCAUGUACAACUGCAGAUUCCUGUACACGUUGCUUUUGAAACCUGCAAUCAAGCAGUAGUGUUUUGGUUUGAGCCCGUUUUUAAUCUGAAGUAAACAUACACCCCGGCAUAACUAUUCAGGUUCCCUUUACAGACCUCUGAACUGUUACGAGGUUUACAGAGAAGUAUCUGCAAACUGUCACGCAGACAAGCACUUUGAACACCUUCGGUUUAAGUUAUAGAUUUUUAAAUAUGAAUGAGCAAGUAAUGUAUUAUUUUUGAAGAGAUGGAACAAAUGUUGGGAACGAUGAGGGUGGGACAUUGGGCUGUAUAGGGAAAAGCGUAAUUUCUUGUUAUUUUACGUGAUGUUUUUUAUUGGUGGAUAUCAAGUGUUUGAGCUGUUUUUGUAUUUUAGAACUUGUUGCAUCAUUUUGACAUUCUGAGAUGUCUAAUGAUUAUAUUAAGGUUGUUGAUGGAUCUGCGGAAUGCCUGAGAAAUAAAACUCUAGCACUUUAUUUCUGCAUUUUUAUUGUGCUCUCUUGAGUUGCGAUGAUGCACUAUUGCUGUUUUAUUACAUUGAAUUGUAAUUAUUUUUUGAAACCGUAAUUGCAGUUAUGUGCCCAGAUAUUUUUUAAUUGUUUCUUUGUAAUCAGUGUUGCUUAAACAGCCUUUGACAGGAAUUUGAUUUAUCAAGUCCCCAAAAUGUGUAUUGUAAAAUCUGGGCAACUGGUGUGGUCAUGCCAACUACAACAGUAUAAUCAUUAUGGGAUGUCCUACCUGGGCCUCCCUUAAAGCAUUGUGGCUUCACUGGGAGUUGCUGACAUUUUGUGGAUUGGGUGUGUAGUGUAAAUAGGUGUGAACAUCUGUGCAAGUCAAGUGUCCAUGUUAAGUGUGGAGAGACCAGUCUGUAUAUAAUGUUUGUUUUAAUUGUAUGCAGCAUGAGGAAAUAAAUAUUACUUUCAAUGGGUGA